UAAUUUCCUUUUUCGUUCUUACGGAUAAUGUUGAAGAAGGAAGAGUUCGAAGCAAGCACACCGAGAAAUGGUGAUAACUCGCACACGAUUGCAUCAAAUUCAGGAAGUAACGACGUGGCCAAGGGGUCGCAUCAGAAGUCGGCGAUAGAAGAGAAAUUGGCCAGCAAAAUGUUUUCGUAUGCCAGAGAAAAUAUUUGCUUUUUCCUCGCGAUUACUUUUACCGCCCUGGCUGUACUACAUAAUUCACCUCCUAAAGUAUCAAAGCCUCCAUUAGCUAAACCAUUCUUUAACCAGAGUUCCGUGGUCUUGGAUUUUUAUAAGGGACACUUAGAAGCUAUGAUAGAAAGAGUUACAGAGGCUGAUUUUAGUUUUGUUAUGUAUUAUGCUCCAUGGGAUGCAGAAAGUCAAGCAGUACGUCAAGAAUUUGAAGAAGCUGCUAGAUAUUAUCAUACUCAGAUAUUUUUUGCUGCUAUCAAUUGCUGGCACCCAAAUUCAGAAUGUAGGACUCAGUACAACAAAAUCCAAAGUUACCCGGUAUUCAUGCUUUACCCUUCAAGAGAUUCUGGUAUACAGUACAGAGGUAUACGUACAUGGCCAUAUAUGGCAAGGUUUCUUAAUGCAGUGAUGAAUCCAGUUAUUAGGAUAACUCAUAAAGAACAAUUGGUAGAAUUGCUUGUAAAUUAUGAUGCUGUGGUGGUAGGUUACUUUAAUUUCACUAGAAUAGAUAAAACUCCUGGUUAUAAAGAAUUUUAUAAGGCUGCUAUAAGAGCUUUAGAAAGAGAUCCUAAUAGGGAAUUGGUUUUUGCUAUUGUCACCAAUGCAUUAUCUAGCGAAAGAGAUUAUAAUGUUUAUAAAUUUCCGUCGGCAAAUUUACUCAUGUGGAACGAAUCUCUAAGCUAUCCAGAAGACUCUGAGUGGACUUCCGAAAACAUAUUAAAUUGGAUUAUCAGCUCUACUCAUCAACCAGCUCUUUGGCUACAACCUCCUGGAGUUAAAGCACUGACAUUCGCGCCAUAUUUGAAGGAAGGGCCUGUACUUAUCCUCUUCACACCUCGUAAUCCUUUACACUCUGAAAAUUACUAUUACAAUCUGAUGAAAGAAGUUGGGUUGGAAUAUUAUAAUUGUGGAGAUAAUGUCUUGGCCAAGGAUAUAAUUGAAAAUCUCCGUCCUAAACAGCGUACUGCUAUCGUUAGGCAUUCGGAAAAAAAUAAAUUAUGUACGAAACUAUUAAAAGAAAACAAAGAUCAGUUGAAUACGACGGUGAGCAUUUCUAUUCAACGAUGGAUCAACGAAAGCUGUUGUGCUAACAUUGUAAUAAAUAAAUGUUCAUUUUGUAAAAAAAACAUAUUAAACAAUGCCGAAAAGGAUGUCUCCGUUUGUAAACUUGCUUCUGACAAACUUGAUCACGUCUGUAAAGGUACAGAUAUUUUUAAAAUUUCCUCUAUGGGAAAUCUACAAGAAAAAUAUGAAAUUUGUUGCAAUAAGGGUUACGAAGCAGUAAAAUAUGAAAAAGGAUUCCAAUCUAAAAGCCAAAAGUACAAAACGUCCACUUCGAAUGAAGAUGACAUACAAUCCUCGAAUAACGUAAAACAGGCGUACUUAAAAUCAGACUGUAAGAAGUGGAUAGCAGGAAAUAAGUAUCACCCACCUGCAUUUUCACGAGAUUCUUUCGACCAUCCAAAUAUAAAUUUAACAGAGUCAGUUUGUAAGAUUAAUAAAACACUGGCACUAAUAGCGAUCGAUAGCUUGUACUAUUUCUACUUCGCGGAGAGUCUCGGAAUGAAUAUUUUAAGGAAAAAAGAUAAGACUGCUGUUGUAAUAGUAGACGCUGCUCACGAGAGUCAAUAUGUCAUGCACGACGACUUUAAUCGAUAUAAUCUUAUACAGUUUAUAAAUAAUUAUACUCAAGGUUUUUUACAACGGACGCUACGUUCUAAUAACUCGAGGCGAUUUUUGCAAAAGUUUGAAACCAAAAUUAAUUGUGAAAAAAAAAAUACACGAAGUAUAUGUAUAACAGAGUUAACGACCGAAACUUUUUUAAAUACUGUUUUAGAUCUAUCAAAGGAUGUGGUUGUGAUGUACUACUCUCCUUAUUGUGCAUUUUGUAGCGCGAUUUAUGUAUACUUAACAGUAGCUCAUUACUUGCGCGAAAUGGAUCAUCUUUUAUUCGUUAGAGUCGAUGGUGAUAACAACGAUUUACCAUGGGAAUAUAAUAUGAAUCGAUUCCCAUCCAUUCUUUUUUUCCCUGCAAAAGGUAAUUAAAAGUGCACCGAUUAUCGUGGCAGUAUAACAGAUAUUCAUCGUCAUUAUUUCAGAAAAGAGGAUAGCACGGUGUAUCCGUUUUCUCUACCAAUCACGAUAUCCAAUCUCGUUAAUUUUGUCUUAGCGAAUUUGGAUGAAGAUUCGCACGUCGAAGCGCUUGUAAAUAUUUGUCAUUCUGGAGCUGGUGAGAUUCCAGAUGUAUGCAUUGCACGAACUCGUUGGCUGUGUCUAGAUAUCGUUCAACAAUUGCUUCGAGAUUAUAGAAAAUUAAUAAGGCACAGUAGUUUAAUAGGAAGAAGAAGUGCUAAGAAUAAAAGGAAAGUCAUAUUAUUAAAAUUAGCACAUAUUAAGGACAUACAUCUAAUACUAGGUUCUACCAAUGAUCUUAAAAAGGAUCAACAUAAAGUGAAACUUAUUAGAAAAAAGUACAAGAAAUAUUACAAAAAUAUUAGAUCAAUUGAAAUAGAUAGUAAAAUAAAUAUCGGUGAGAGCACGAUAAAUCCUCUUCAACAAAAUAUUACUGAGAAAAAAGCAAUUAAAAGCGAAUUGUGAUAUAAAUUUAACAAUAGAUGUAUUAUGAUAAUUGUUAUUUCACUUAAGUUCUUUUAUGACUUCGUACUAACGCAUAUACCUCAUACAAAUUUUUAUUUUGCAAACACGAACGUGUCCAACUAAGUUGUACGUGUCACAGACGAAUGGAUAUCAUAAUGUAUGUAAAUAAUUCUGUGUUGCUUUUUUUGUAAUUGUACAUUGCAAAAAGAGAUAAUUGUUCAUCAUAUCUGUACAAAACAUUCCCUAAUUAACGUUUAAGACGUUUAUGACAUCUCAUAACAAACACGAUCUGCUCAAAAAUAGUCGAUUGUGUUGACUAAUGUAGUUUUAAUUUGAUAUUGUUAGAUUUAAAUGAAUAUGAAAGAAAAAUAGGCGCAUCUGAAUCAUGAAAGAAUGUAAAAGUUUACAUAUACUUGUAAAAAGUGUACAUUUACAACUUCUUAUUUAAACUUUUAUAAGGAUUUUGCAAGAAAAGGAUAUUUAUAGUUAUUUUAACAAAGAUAACUGCUUAUUGAUAAGACUAUUUUUUGUUUUCAGUACAUCAUGAUUCUAUACAAGGAGUGUGCAUUCAUUAGAAUUACUCAUCUCUGAUUAAUAUUCAUGAUGUUUAAUCCUAGAACAGAGAA